UCUAAGCUUUGCACAUCUCCUGUUUUCUCUGUGUUUCACGCGCGCGCACACACACACACACACCCUCCCUGCCUGUCUCACUCUUCUGCUGUCUCUCACUCCUCCGGUUCUCCAGGUUUAGCUGACUGUGUGAGCCGUUAACAACAUGCAUGCGGGAGGGAGAGAGCAGCACGCGCACUCCGUCACCGGGCUCGCGCUCUAAACUGUGCGCUGGGAUUUAUGAGCGGUCUCGCGCUCUUUAGCGAGCUCGCGGUCGGUUAACAGCUCGCUGUAACGCAUUAAUCAACACGUGAGCGCGAUUAAUCAAUCAGCACGCGUGGGUACUCUGUGAUGAUCCGGAGCGCUCCACCGGAGCUCCAUGCACUCUUCGCGCGCAUGCAACCGUGACCGGAGCCGCUUCUGUGUGCACCGUCGCCUCGUUGUCCGCGCGCGAGCGAUACAUGGCCGCGGCUAUCGCGAGCUCGCUCAUCCGUCAGAAACGACAGGCGCGCGAGUCCGGCAGCGAUCGCGGGGCUGCUUCGGCGCGCCGCUCGAGUCCCGGUAAAGAGGCGCGCGCGCUGUGCGGCAGGCGCCUGUACGGUCUCUUCAGCAAAGUGCGCUUUUGCAGCGGCGGGAAGAAGCGGCCCGCGCCACGGAAACCAGAGCCACAGCUGAAGGGGAUUGUGACAAGGCUGUUCAGCGAACAGGGGUUUUACCUGCAGAUGAAACCAGAUGGAACCAUUAAUGGGACCAAAGAUGAGAACAGCGACUACACUCUUUUUAAUUUGAUUCCAGUGGGUCUACGUGUUGUGGCCAUUCAGGGUGUGAAGGCAGGACUUUAUGUGGGCAUGAACGCUGAGGGAUUCCUCUACACAUCAAACCUUUUCACGGCAGAGUGUAAGUUUAAGGAGAGUGUGUUUGAGAAUUACUAUGUGAUCUACUCGUCCACUCUGUAUCGUCAACAUGAGAGCGGACGUGCCUGGUUUCUCGGCCUCAGCAAGGACGGUAUCAUCAUGAAGGGGAACCGUGUCAAGAAAACCAAACCUUGCUCGCACUUCGUCCCCAGACCCAUUGAGGUGUGUAUGUACAAGGAACCGUCACUGCACGAGUUAGAAGAGAAGCAACGCAGCCGGAAAGACUCAGGGACGCCGAGCAUGAACGCAGGGAAUCAGCCGAACCCGGACUCGACUGAGCAGGACGGCUCAUAGCUGCUCACUCACACCCUCACAAACUCACACAAACACAAUCACAAACUCACACACACACACACACACACAUAUAUAGCACCUCACAGAGUUCGCACCUCAACAGGAGAAAAAAAAUCAUCCAAGAAAAAGCAGAUUGAAAUCUGCAAUCCUGUGAAUGUCUCAGAAAGGAAACAAAGAAAAAAAGGAAAGAAAUCCUGUAUUUGAAAUCAGGACAUUUUAUGCAAAGCCUGCCGAGCGUGUGUGUAUGUGUGUAUGUGUGUGUGUGUGUGUUAUACCUUGGACACGAAACGAAAAUGCUGUGUGUAUGUAUGUGUGUUUGAAAGUUUAAGCUUUAAAGCCAUGUACCAAUCCUCACGUCAAUUUAUGAAUGCAAAAGCACCUUCAUGCGCUUCUUUCUGUUGUGUGUGUGCGUAUGAAUAUGUGUGUGUGUGUGUGUGAGAGAGUGUGUGUGUAUGAAUAUGUUUAUGUGUGUGUGUGUGCUGCUCUGAUCAUCGCUAUCAAUCGUCAGUCUCAGAUUCUGCUCUCCAAUUGGCUCAAAUGGUGAACGCUCAUGCCCUGUACUUGGGUGAUGGGCUUCAUUGUGAUCUCAGUGGACUCCAAAUUGUUGCCAUUUUGAUUUAACGUGCUUGAAAUUUAUCGUUCCAAAAUGUUUGUUUGCACAUAGCAUGUUUUUAUUUGGUAGCAUUUCACAAGAUGGCUGCUUGAAGCUAUGUUCAAUCUAGCAAGCGACAAAUCAUUUGUGUCAGUCGUGGGCGUGGCCUGUUUAGAUUUUACACUGAAGUAUAAUUUGUAUUAAGUGCCAGGCUUUGUGCUAGUUCUAUUGGCAGUUUAGCAGCGCACUAGCUAUGUACACUCACCAGAGGCACUAACAAUCUAACUAACUAAGCUUUAUUUUCCAUCAUGUCUAUAUAUGCAGAGUUACGUUUGAAGCUAAACCACGGUUAGUUGGAAACUAAUAGCAGGAAGUGAACCGAAGAAAUGUUGAACAUGUGAUAUCGGACUGGUCCACGGAAUCAUUCGAUUCGUUUGUUUGUUUGUGUAAACUUUAGUGUCGUACCUAAUUUGCAUGGCAUUGAGAAAAGCUCAGUUGUUGUGAUGAAAUCAGAGUCGCUUGCACGUCCACAGGAAACAAAUGGUCACCUGCCACUUUCUUGCUUCCUGGUGUGAACGUAAGGUAAGACAGGUAAAAAAUGUAUCAAAAAAAAUUGUAUUUUGAUGGUUUAGCCCCCUAGAGGGCUGUGGUGAGUGGAAAUGCAGGUGUGUUACUGAAUUUUCUGAGUACUUUUGAAAGGCAGGGGAGGCUCUAGUGGUUAUCACUUUUGCCUCACAUCUCCAGGGUUGAGGGUUCAGUUUCGGCUUCAGCUCUGUGUGUGUGUUGUCUCUGUUCUUUGGGGGGUUUCCUCUGGGUUCUCCAGGUUCUUCCCCCAGUCCAAAGACAUGCCUGAUCUCUAAAUUGUCUGUAUUGCCUGAAUAUGGUUGUACCCUGUGGUGGGUUGGUACCCUGACCCACGUGACCCCUGCCUUGUGCCCUGAGUCCCCUGAGAUAGACUCCAGGAUGAGUGCUAUAGAAAAUGGAUAGAUGACUUUGAGAAACUGGGGAAUCCUUACUGGAGUCAGAUGUUUAUGAGCUGUUAGAUUAUAAACAGAUGACUACGAUGCAUGUUAACGAUGUUAGUCUUAAGCCGUGAUGCAGCAUGUGUCGGCUUGUUAACUUCUGAAAGUCAUUCGUGCGUCACUGUUGUGCAGAUGUUUUGAGCUGCAUGUUGUAAGAGCUCGGGUGUGUUUAAUUUAUUAGACUUUUAUUUUCUUCAUGCAUUUUUAAAAUGCUCUUCUGCACUUUUAAGCCUCAUUAUCACAAAUGUUUGAGUUAGGCUUUAAAUCAUUAGGCUGCCUUGUUUAAAUCCUCAAAGAAGAGGUCUAAUCCGCAUUGUGUCUGAAGUCUUAUCUGACCUUUUCACUAUCACGUCUGUCUUUGUAUCUAAUCUGUCUCUGUCUGAUAUCUUUGGGUUACUUUUGUUUCAUACCACCAUAACUCAUCUCACCCUGUCUAAUCUCUCCAGUCUGAUCCCAUUGUAUUGUUAUCAGACAAAUCACUGUCAUUGUUUACAUUCUGUUAUCUCUGGAUCUGACCUCUCUGUCUGAUCACGUUGUCUCAUCUUUCACUAUGUGGUCUCUUCAUAUUAGUAACUAAUAUCUCACUGACUGAUCUAUGUGUCUAACUGCUAUAUGAUCUCUCAUUUCCUGUUCGACUUUCCUAAUCUCUCACUGUUUUUUCUCAGCUUUAGCUCAUCUUACUGUCCAAUCUUUUUUCUACUUGAAUUGUCUUAAUUUCUAAUAUAUAACUGUUUGAUUUCUCAACAGUAUAUUCUUCCGCAUGCAUCUUUUCGUGUUGUAUGCCUUUUUGUAUGAUUUCCAUGUGUGAUCUUUUAAAAAUCUGAUCUAAUCUGAUUACUCUUGUGUCACUGUCUGAGAUUAUUCUGUCCCAUCCCAUUUUGUCCAGUGUAUCCUUCCACUCUGCCAUCUCUGUUACAUUAUGUCUAAUUUAUCACUGAUAUUUUAGACACUAGGACAGAUGUUGGGAUAUCAUUGCUUCUAAUCUCUAUACAUCUAAUCCUUCUGUCUGUCUGAUCUCUAGAUACAAACUCUAAGAUAUUUACAUAUCUUCCCUCUCCCUCUCUGAUCCGCAUGUCUCAUCUAUAUUUGGCCAUGAACUUUUUUUUCUUGCCUCUCUAAUUUCGCUCACGGUCUAAAUUCCUUGCUCUAACCUUGCCAUGAUCGGAUAUCAGAGCUCUGUUACCAUCCUCAGAUCAGUGUCUAAUCAUUACAAAUGACAACCUGUGAGAGAUUAGAUACACAGAAAUUCCCAUGAUCUCUUUUUUAUGUAUUCUGUCUGUCUAAUCUUUCACACAGAGAGAACAGACAUGUCAGGGAUCAGACACAUAGACCUCGUGGUGUCUAUCUCUCACUGCCUGAUCUCUUGUUCUUUAAAGUCCGAUCUCACUGUCUGAACUUUAAUGAUUGUAAACACUCUGUUUGGAGUGUGUCUUCCUGCCAAAAGCACAGACUGCCCUUUAGACACACCCACCAACCCACCCAGCCACCCACUGACACACACACAGACACACACACACAGACACACACACACUACGCUUGAAUCUGACCUGCCACUGAGGUCACAGCCCAUCACCUUUUUGGUCCGAUGAACGAGUCAGUUGCGGUAUUUAGCCAUUGGGGGUGAAUUUUGUGAGAAGUCUUCCAUUAGGAGAGCAGCACCAGCAUCACUUGCACAGGUCAGAGGUCAGAUGUCAUCGGGUCGGUGGGGUGUAAAUAAAGAUGUCCGUCUGGGUUUGAGGAAAGGUUUUAAUUAUUAACGACUGCCUGAAGCUGACGACUGUCUGUUCGCAAAAAAACAGAAUGUUGAUUUCAUUAGUUGGUGUUUGCACUUUAAUUAAUUAACACAUUCAAGAUGUGUAAUGUACAAAUGUUGUGUGUGUGUGUGUGUGUGUGUGCAUGACGCUGACCAUCAGGAUGACCAGAUCAUUUACAUUAAAAUACUGAAACCAA